UUGUCGACGAAAAUCAGUUAUCGAAUAACUCAGCAAAUCUGUUUCGAACACUGGCCUCCUCGACGGAAUCGGAAUCGGGUUCAGGUGGAGUUACAUCUCCUCCUCCGAGGAAGAGACUCCGUCUGUUCCCUCAACAACAUCAACAAUAUCAUCAUCAACAACAAGCCCAGAACGUCGCGCAAUCAUUCGUCGAAGCUAAAGCCGAAGAAGAAGGACAAAUAACAGGAAGAGCGACCACCUCCGCAGCCCUCGCCACCACCGUAGCAGCUAUAACCACCAACGUUAGUAUCAGCAGUGUACAAACACAAUCUCAACAGCAACAAUCAUCGUCAUUGUUAAGAAGAAAUCAACCACAAGCAUCUACAAGCAGUAACAAUAUGCAUUCAUUUGGCGUAACCAAUGGCUCUGGUCAUGAAGAGCAAUCAUCAUCAUCGUCUUCCAAUACAACACCAUUGGAAUCAAAUGGUCUUUUCAUCGCUAAUGGUGGUGAUGUACAAACCAAUGGAGCUGGUAGCGGUAGUGGAGGUGGUCAAGGUGGAAACAAUGUUGCUGGUGGUACAGGAAUGGCCAGUAAUGGUAAUAGCAAUAUUAGCAAUGGUAAUACGGCUGAAUCUUCAAAUGGUGUGUCCAACAAUUAUACCAAUGGAUCAGCCAACAACAAUGAUGAUGAUGAUCUAGAUGGAUAUGAAGACGGUCCUUAUAUGAAUGGUAAUGCUCAUCGUAAACAACCACCUAAUCGAAAAAAUAAAGCAUUUGUUCCUCGAUCACCGAGUGAAUUUGACAUUAUUCGACUGAUUGGCCAACAAUUGUGUAUCAUGGGCUUGGAUCAAACUGUCGAACAAUUGAUUAAAGAAUCUGGAUGUCGACUUGAUCAUCCCACUGCAGCUAAAUUUCGUUCAUACGUCAUGAAUGGUCAAUGGGAAAAGGCGGAUACAACGCUUAAAGAAUUACAAAAUUAUCUUGUAAAUCCUAAACAUUUAGUGAAGAUGAAAUUUUUACUUUUGGAACAAAAAUAUCUUGAAUGUAUUGAAGAUGGUCGUGAAAUAGAUGCUGUUCAUUGUUUACAAAAUGAAAUAACACAGCUCAAAUAUAAUAUGGGAAAAUUGCCAACCAUAUGCAGUUAUCUCUUCAUGAAUUCCAAAGAAGAACUAAGACGUGUCGCCAAUUGGGAUGGUAAAGGACACGUAUCACGAUCGAAAUUGAUGGAAAAACUACAAAAUUUUCUUCCGGCAACCAUAAUGUUACCUCCUAGACGAUUACAAUCUCUAUUGAAUCAAGCAAUUGAAUUUCAAAAAGAACGUUGUCCAUACCAUAAUAUUAAAGUUGAGAAUGGCCUCGAUGAUUUUUCACUUCUUGUAGAUCAUCUAUGCUGCAAGGAUGAUUUGCCCAGUGAAACUUUACAAAUAUUAACUGAACAUAAAGAUGAAGUAUGGUUCUGUCGAUUUUCGAACGAUGGAACUCGUUUAGCCACUGGUUCCAAAGAUGGCAAUAUUACCAUUUGGACCAUUGAUCCUGAAACUUUCCAAUUGACAUUAAAAUAUACACUUAUUGGCCAUACAUUUGGUGUUGCAUAUUUGGCCUGGAGUCCAGAUGAUCAUUAUCUUUUAGCUCUAGGUCCGGAAGAGAGUUCAGAAUUUUGGCUGUGGGACACUCAUACUGGAACAUUGAAAACAAAAAGUUGCCAUUCGAAUGACGAUAGUUUGAUUGCAUGCGCUUGGCAUAAAGAUGGCAAAAAAUUCAUUGCUGGUGGUACGCGUGGUCAAUUUUAUCAAAUUGAUCUGAAUGGAACUGUAAUCGAUUCUUGGGAAGGUGUUCGUGUCAUGUGUUUGGCAUAUAAGAAUGAUGGCAAAACUGUCCUAGCGGCCGAUACUCAUCAUCGGAUACGUGGCUAUAAUUUUGAAGAUCUUACAGACUUUAAUGUAUUGAAAGAAGAUCAUUCCAUAAUGUCUUUCGUAUGUGAUGAAAGUGGCCGACUAGCAUUAAUAAAUAUUGAGAAUCAAGGUGUACAUUUAUGGGAUAUAGAAGAUCGAAUUCUUCUUCGAAAAUUUCAAGGCAUCACACAAGGUUUAUAUACGAUUCAUUCAUGUUUUGGUGGUGUGGAUCAAUUGUUUGUUGCCAGUGGUAGUGAAGAUAACAAAGUCUACAUUUGGCAUUUGAAGCGUGAACAUCCAAUUUCCGUGCUGAAAGGCCAUACACGUACGGUAAAUUGUGUUCAUUGGAAUCCACGUUAUCCGCAUUUGUUGGCUAGUGCUUCUGAUGAUACUACUGUGCGAAUUUGGUGCGCCAAACAUCGUAAUCAACAUCACCAUAACCAAGCCAACAAUAGCGUCAAUAAUAACAAUCAUCAUAGCAGCAGCAGUAAUAAUAAUAAUCAUAACCGUGAUUCAAUCAGCUUAAACAAUCUGGCUGCCAAUAACAGAAACACCUCGUCGGCUUCGUCGUCGACCAUUCAGCCACCAACAUCAUCUUCAGGUCAUCAAGUCACAACAACUAUGAUGAGUAAUAAUGAAACGACAAGCAUCUCGAUACUUCCUACGAUAUCAAGCAUAUUAACGACAACACCCUCAUCACAGCAAUCACUAUCAUUAUCGUCGAUUCGACUUGCCACAUACGUCUCAUCACCAUCUCCAUCCGCCUCAUCGAAUAACACGACCAUCAACACUUCAACCACAUCAUCAUUAUCAUCAUCUUCGAUCAGCAAUCCUCAUCAUGCACAUCAUCCAAACAUUUGUUCAUCAUCACCAUCAAUAUCACAUCCUUUGUCUAACAUUUCAUUGAUACAACAUCAAUCAAGUGGUCGUAUGGUCAUUACGACUGGAUCAUCGAUGACCGCCGAUGGUAGUAAUAGUAAUAAUUGUAAUAACCAAAUUCAACAACCAUCCACCUCAACAACGUCGUCAUCACCUCAGAGUGGUGGCACCCAAAGGCGUACCAAUACAUCUUUGACAUUCUAUGUGUCAUCAUCUGAUCAAUCUCAAUUCAAUCAAAAUCUUGUUGGGGCUUUGGAUGCAGCACCAUCAUCGCCAACCAAUCUUCCACCUCCGCCACUACCACCUUCUUCGGCAUUGACAUCUCAUGGCGAACAGCAGCAACAACAAGCUUCUGCUUCAAGUGAUGAUUCAUCUACAUCUUCAUCAUCGACAACAUCACCAUCAUCCUCUUCAUCAUCAACAACGGCUAGUUCAUCGAAUAUUGGGAGAAUAUAAAGUCAGCUAAUAUCGUUGGUAAAUAAAGGCCGCAGAAAAAUCAUAAUACGAACUAUUGAUACUAUUCGGUCAACAUUCAUAGGUUAUUUAAUAAAUUCAAAUACAAGUCAAGACAAAGACAAUUGCAAUGAUCCAGAGAGAAAAAAAAUUUGUUCUACGAUUC